GUAUCAAAGCCAAUAAGAUGAAAGACACACCAAAAAUUUCCAACUUGCGUAUAAGUCCCCAUCCCGCAUUUCCGCUAUUACCCCAGACCAACCUUCACUAAAAGAUCCAUCUCAGACGUGGGGAAAUGACCAAACAGUUUCUCUUUAGCUUCUCUUUAGCACCGGCCCGCGUUUCCAGCCACAUCUCCACGCGGGAGCAUCGUUUCUUUUUUUCUUCCUUUGCUUUAACCUAUUCGACUUUUGCCCCUCACGCACGAGCCGAGGCAAGAUCCCGUCUAUAUGCGUGUGUCAGGUCAAGACUCGACUUGGUGGCGCAUAAUGUGAGGAGAGGACGUCCUGUCUUAUAAAAUAGCACGUCGUUUGCCACUCACCAUCCACAUUGUAUUUAUGAGUGAU